ACUAUAUGGCUUUAUUAUUCGCGUCACACAGAAGCGUAUUUUCUUUGAGGGCUGACCAGGAUGAGUAACACGACAUCGAUCGUGCGUUGAGUCAUUUGACAAAUCCAUAUUUGAUUCUGGGUGGAGAGAGAAAGAGAGAGAAGGAGAGGGAGAGCGAAAGAGAGAGGAGGGGACUCGCGGGUUGUCUUCUUGUCUCUUGUGAGGAUUUUUGCAAGACCAAAAGACGUAUUAUCGCCUAAGCUUUCUUUCUUUCUCUCAAAUGUAAUAAGCAGAACCUGCUCCGAGCGAAAAGCCUCAGCGAAGUCCUCGACGGGAGGAUGUUACGGAUAUCUCACCUGACAUCGAUUUUCAGCAACGUUUUUCCCUGACCGUUAUACGCAACGCGUUAUUCAGAAAGAAAACUUUUUGCCGCCUUUAUUUCUUUUAAAAAAAUACAUCGGUUACAACUCAGCCGAGAUGGUUUUACAGUGGCGUUAUGACAUCAGCGUGGAUUGGACGCUUUUUAGUCGAAUAUCGCUGCACUUUAAUCCGUUUUGCGUGGAAGUGUGUCUGAUUUAAGGACUAAUCAUCAUUGAAAGGUACUGAAUGCAUUUUAGUUGGGUUUCCUGUCUUUUUCUUUGUUAAAAGAAAUAAUGCAGAAUAUCUAAGCAACAAGCGUCGCCAUACGAUGCGCACUUUCCCAAGGAAUAACGCAUCCUUCUUGCGCGGUGUUUUUGGAGAAAACCUCAACGUGUUCCCGCACCAAUCUUACUUUGAUAAGGUCUAUGGCCGUUGUUAAGAUCAAAUCUGUUUUUGUUUACCUGUAAAUACUGUGAAAAGUGCCUUUUUUCUGUUUCCUAACGACAAGGAGAACAUGGCUUGCUUUCCAUGGCGGGUAUUUUGGAUAAUUCAAGCGCUUGUGGAUGUGACACUUUCGCAGGAAAUCUACGCUCCUCAUUCCAUCAGAAUUGAGGGAGAUUUGACCCUGGGUGGCCUUUUCCCGGUCCAUGCGCGUGGGGUCUCCGGGGAACCGUGUGGAGAUAUCAAGAAGGAGAACGGGAUACACCGGCUGGAGGCGAUGCUUUACGCCUUGGACCAAAUCAACAGUGACGACGAGCUUUUGCCCAACAUCACUUUAGGUGCUCGGGUUUUAGACACAUGUUCGCGAGACACGUACGCUUUGGAGCAGUCGCUUACUUUUGUGCAAGCUCUCAUACAGAAAGACACGUCGGACGUGAGGUGUACGAACGGCGAGCCCCCGGUGUUUGUCAAACCCGAAAAGGUGAUUGGAGUCAUAGGGGCUUCGGCGAGUUCAGUGUCCAUCAUGGUCGCUAAUAUACUGCGACUGUUCCAGAUUCCGCAGAUCAGCUACGCCUCCACCGCUCCAGAACUGAGCGAUGACCGGCGGUACGAUUUCUUCUCUCGCGUCGUGCCUCCCGACUCCUUCCAGGCCCAGGCCAUGGUGGAUAUAGUGAAAUCGAUGGGAUGGAACUACGUGUCUACGGUUGCCUCGGAGGGAAGCUACGGCGAGAAAGGAGUCGAGGCCUUCAUGCAGAUUUCCAGAGAAGCGGGUGGAAUCUGCAUCGCUCAGUCCCUGAAGAUCCCUCAUGACCACAAGCAGGCUGAUUUUGACAAGAUUAUCCGACAGCUGCUGGAGACACGUCAUGCCCGGGCGGUCAUUAUUUUUGCGUACGACGAAGAUAUUCGGGGGAUCCUUAACGCCAGUAAAAGAGCGGAUCAAGUGGGCCAUUUCCUGUGGAUUGGGUCGGAUAGUUGGGGAGCCAAGAACAGCCCUAUUCAAGGCCUCGAGGAUGCCGCCGUCGGCGCUGUCACCAUCCUGCCAAAAAGAGCCACUAUUGAUGUGAACCAAAGACAGUCUCAAAAACGCGGCUUGAAACCAACCAGGUUUCCUACCGUCACAAACAUGCAACCAAUCCCAACGUGCGGAGAGGGGCAUUUCCACUGGGAGCACAAGAACACCUUUAAGAAGGGACAGGAAAAAUCGGGUUUCGACGCCUACUUUAAGUCACGCACACUGGAGAACAACAGAAGAAACGUCUGGUUCGCUGAGUACUGGGAGGAGAACUUCAACUGCAAGCUCAUGAGUUCCUCAAAGAAAGAAGACACUAGUAGAAAGUGCACAGGGCAAGAGCGAAUAGGAUUAGACUCCAAAUACGAGCAGGAAGGGAAGGUGCAGUUUGUGAUCGACGCGGUGUACGCCAUAGCCCACGCCCUGCACAACAUGCAGAAGGACCUUUGUCCCGACCAGUCGGGUGUUUGUCAGGAGAUGGAGCACGCUGGUGGCAAGAAGCUCCUGAAGUACAUCCGGUCGGUCAGCUUCAAUGGGAGCGCCGGGACGUCCGUCACGUUCAAUCGAAACGGUGAUGCACCGGGACGUUACGAUCUUUUCCAGUACCAGAUUAAUAUCAACAGCACUCCCGGAUAUAAAGUUAUUGGACAGUGGACAGAAUCUCUCCAACUUAGAAUCGAUGACAUGCAGUGGCCCAACGGUGAGAUGGAGAUACCCAGCUCGGUCUGCAGUCUGCCCUGUAAAACGGGUCAACGCAAGAAGAUGGUGAAAGGCAUGCCGUGCUGCUGGCACUGCGAGCCCUGCGACGGCUACCAGUACCAGUACGACGAGACUUCCUGCAAGCUGUGCUCGUACAACAUGCGUCCCAACCCCAACCGGACGGCCUGCCAGCCCAUCCCGAUCGUCAAGCUGGAGUGGCAUUCUCCCUGGUCCAUCAUUCCCGUCUUCCUGGCAAUGCUCGGUAUCAUCGCCACCAUCUUCGUCAUGGCGACGUUUGUCCGCUACAACGACACCCCGAUCGUAAGAGCGUCCGGGAGGGAGCUGAGCUACGUUCUGCUGACCGGGAUUUUCCUGUGUUACAUCAUCACCUUUGUAAUGAUCGCCACACCGGAUGUGGCCGUUUGCUCCUUUAGACGAAUCUUCCUUGGGUUGGGAAUGUGUAUCAGCUACGCCGCUCUGCUCACUAAGACCAAUCGAAUUUACCGGAUCUUCGAGGAAGGGAAGAGGUCGGUUACUCCGCCUAAACUGAUCAGCCCGACGUCCCAGUUAGCGAUCACGUCUAGCCUCAUCUCCUUCCAGCUCUUAGGGGUCCUCAUAUGGUUCGGAGUGGAUCCUCCGAACACCAUAGUCGAUUACGACGAGCAGAAGACCAUAAACCCCGACAAGGCCCGAGGGGUUCUCAAGUGUGACAUUACAGACCUACAAAUCAUUUGCUCUCUAGGAUACAGCAUCUUGCUGAUGGUAACAUGUACGGUAUAUGCCAUCAAGACGCGAGGCGUUCCGGAAAACUUCAACGAAGCCAAACCCAUCGGCUUUACCAUGUACACCACUUGCAUCGUGUGGCUCGCCUUCAUUCCCAUUUUCUUUGGGACGGCACAAUCUGCAGAAAAGCUCUACAUCCAGACCACCACGCUGACCAUCUCCAUGAAUCUGAGCGCGUCCGUGGCUCUGGGAAUGCUCUACAUGCCCAAGGUCUACGUGAUCAUCUUCCACCCGGAGCUCAACGUGCAGAAGCGGAAGCGGAGCUUCAAGGCCGUGGUGACGGCGGCCACCAUGUCCUCCCGUCUAUCGCACAAACCCAGCGACCGGCCAAACGGCGAGGCCAAAACCGAACUGUGUGAAAAUGUGGAUCCCAACAGCUAAUUCUCAUAAUUUAUCAGGUCCGGCCGCUAAGAAGAAAUACGUGAGUUACAAUGACCUUGUGAUCUGAGGGCCUCCAUCACAGGAGGAAGGUGAUCGAUGGCAGUUCCUGGGUUCUCUCGGCUCUUUGGCACAAAAGUAAAGCGGGAAAAAGGCUUUCGGUGUACCUCUCUUUCCAUCCUUCUUUUGUCCGAGGGCCAGGACAGUGACUGGGCCCUCAGCUAAACCAACGACAGAGGAUCUCAGUUGAUUUUCGACACCUUUAAGAAAAAUAAAAAGGCAAAACCACCCCUCACCCCCCACCCCCCCAAAAAAAAAAAUCACAAAAAUAAAUUGACGUCUGCAAAAAAA